ACUGUGAUCUAAUGAUGACAGAUGUGAGAAGCCCAUUGAAAAUGGCUGACCGAGAUCGAUAAAAGUUGCACCUUGUUUUUAGUACAUUUUCAAGAAUAUUUCUACAGAGGAAUCUAUAAAAUUACGAAUAUUUACAGUGUGUGUAGUUUAUUAGUAUCCUAAAAUGAAUGUGCCCUUUUUGCUUGAUUAUUUGUUAGUGAAAAAGUGAAAAGAAAUUAUGUAGUAAUUGUUUCAAAGUGAUUGUCAUAAAGUAUAGAGAACUGGUUAUAAAUGCUACAGUAAUGCUGGUGGCGGAUCCAGGAAUGAUUCCAUUAGCUUAACCAAUCUUCUAUCAGGUUUACUGCUUAGCAGAGAUUCAUAAAUGGCGACUACUCAAGGAGAAAUCAGGGUGGGUCCUGGUAACCAGGCUGUCCUUCCUGAAUACCGUCCAAGUGUUCCACCAGAUCAGUUGUCACCAGAUCCAGAACAGGUGCGGGUUCGCGAAGAACAAAGAUGGGUUCCCGCUAUGACACUAGAUGCCGAUUUGUUGAUGUACCUUCGCGCUGCAAGGUCUAUGGCUGCUUUUGCUGGUAUGUGUGAUGGUGGGUGUCCUGAGGAUGGAGCCAAUGCAGCAUCGAGAGAUGACACGACGAUCAAUGCUUUAGAUGUGUUGCACGAUUCUGGAUAUGAUCCAGGUAAAGCAUUGCAAGCUUUAGUAAAAUGUCCUGUACCGAAAGGGAUCGAUAAAAAGUGGAGUGAAGAGGAAACUAAAAGAUUCGUCAAAGGUCUUCGACAGUUCGGCAAAAAUUUCUUCAGGAUAAGGAAAGAUCUACUGCCUCAUCGAGAUACGCAUGAACUGGUUGAAUUUUAUUAUUUGUGGAAGAAAACGCCAGGUGCAAAUAACAAUAGACCCCACAGGAGACGGAGACCGCCAGGAUCACUGAGGAGAAUUAGGAAUACACGAAAUAGUAGAGGAGGUAAUACUUCAUCUAAUUCAGGGCGUAACGUUCCACCUGAAACUGAAAAUAGCAGACCAUCUCCACAACCCGGUAAAGAACCUGGAGAGACCAGUUCCGUUACUGAGGAUGAUAAUGAUAGUGAAGACGAUAGUGACAGUAGAGAAGCGCAGUAUCGAUGUUCGCAUUGCUUUACAACACAUUCUAAAGACUGGCAACCUGGAGGCAAAGACCGACAGCUAUUAUGUUACGAGUGCAGAGCUCACUACAAAAAGACAAACGAAUUACCACCUGUCACAGCUCCAGCAGCUGGCGGAAAUAAUCUAUCGGCAGAAAGUCCAGAUGCAAGUCCUCAACGUAUGCGCACACGAAACAAAGCCAAAGAACAAACCAGCAAUCGUGCAAGACCGAAAAGAGGGGGGACAGAAACACCGGAACCUAAAACGCCAAUAAAGACUAACCCAAAUGCCGAAAAAACCACACCAAACCAAACGAGUACUCCUGGCAAAAAAAAGAAGUCAGAUAAACCAGAAACCCCGAAUAAAAACAAAGAUAGUAGAAAAAGACCCCAAGAUGUAAAAUCAGAAGAUAAUGAUAUGGAAGAACGUGAACUUGGGUUACACAAAAAGAAAAGAGAUAGAGCAGAAAGUCCAUGUAGUCUUACCACCGAUUCUGAAACUGUCAAUGAAGAUGUUGAAAAUCCAGAAAAUGAAAAUGAAAAUGUCGAAGUUGCUGUUCCAUGUAACCUAAUACAUCCUGCAAAUACAAAUCUGCCUGCUACUAUAACAACUACCCCUUCCACCAUAACGUCUUCAUUACCUCAAGAACAACUUUGUAAAGGACCAAUAAAACAAGAGAUCACUGAAUCACCCGACAUCAAACCUCUUGCACUGUCACCUUCCAACAAUCCAAUUAAUGCAGUAGCUAGUAAUCCACCAAAGGCUCACUUGGCAGAACCUAUGCCACUCAACGUAUCUAUACGUCUUCCUGAUGAUAUAAACGAGAGGAAGAAUCUUAUAAAAAGAAAUUUAGAUUCUUCAAUGGAAUCUAAAGAUAUUAAAUUUAAUAUAGAAGGUACUAGUUUCAACCAGGACACCGUAAGAUUCAAUCCGGAAAAUAUGAAAUUCGCUCAACAAACAGAAUUCAAGAAGGAACCAGUUAUUAAAACAGAGAAAAUUGAAAGUGAAAGUACUGAUGAACUUCCCAAAGAACAUAUUCCUCAGCAAGUUUCUGUGUUACAAGAAAAGAGCUUCAAAACUGAAUUAAUUAUUCCCAGGAUUCAUCCUGCCAAAGAAGAAGAUUCUUCAAAUAACGAUCUUAUGGUAAAAGAAGAAUCAUCUUACAAAGACAAUAUUUUUAUGCCACAGAAUCUUAUCAAAGAAUCAAUAACUUUCGGUAUGAAAGAUUCAUCUUUAAUGAAUCACUUAGCACCUAAAAUAAUGAAAGAACCAUCACAAGAUAAACAUAAAGACCAAAUUGUCGAUAUGAACUCAGUGAAUCAUUUCACGGAUAUUAAACAAGAAACUUAUAGUUACCAACCUCCUAAAGAUUCCAAUGCUACUACUGCCGUGACUAUUAAUAGUAUUAAUAAUACUGUUAUAAAAUUGGAACCUAGGGAACCACGUGAGGAGCCGAUGGAAUUAACUAGUCAAAACAGGAGCGAACAACAACAACCAUCCUAUAAUACGCUUCCCCAACCCCUUAACAUCCCGCAAGUUAUACCAAUGUCUCAAAAUAUUCCACCUAGUAACCAUUAUGAAGAAGAAAAACGAUUAGAAAAGUUAGAACGACCAGAAAGAGUGGAUAGACCCGACAGAAUAGAACGACCAGAGAGACCUGAUGUAGUACAGAUAAAUUCUACACCAAUAGGGCAACCUCCAUUACCAAGUCUUAUGCAAUCUGGUAAUCUAGUUACAAUAGGGGGUUCCCAAGCACCACAAAUAAACCACUACAGCUUCAUGACUGGUCUGCCAUUUUCUCAUCCUCAAAGUCCUAGAAACUUGGAAAAAAAUCAGUCUCAACACCAACAAAAUGAACCACAAAAUUUGAAAAUCAAACAAGAAAUACCAGAUAUACCCCAAAGUCAAAGCUCCUCAAUGCCUCCUAAUCAUUUGAAUGGUUUAAGCAGUUUUACGCAGAGUGCAUUAGGCUCGGGACCUCCAGGACAAUCUCCUCAAAGUUUAGCAUUACCUCCCAAUUCUCAGAAUCUAGCAACAAAUUUACCAACUUCUGGAGGUUUUGUGGCACCUCCAAAUCAUUUGCCUUCACCUAUGGCAGAUCCUCUUCAAAGUCUUAAAGACGUAAAGAUUCCUGGCUACAUUCCUCCUGCACAACACAGUCAAUCCACCCAGUCAGCUAGUAACGAAAGAAGUGAACGUCCUUCUUCUGGUCCAGCGGUUGAGAAUAUUAAAAAGGAACCCGAAUACAUCAGAUCUUCUAGUACCGGACCCAGUCCGAAACCCUUAUCAGAUAAAUGUUCGACUCCCAAAAGUAGUAGCAAUACUAACACUCCUACACCUGGAGCUCAACAGACACCUCCACCAAUUAGACAACAUGGUACCAAUUCACCACACUCAGCAAUGAACUUGAUUAGUCCGAGCUCGGCUCCUACCUCUUCUUUAUCUCAACCUCACCCAACCCAACCUCACGGUUCAUCAUAUGGUGGAAUGCCUCCGCACCAUCCACAUCUAGUCCAUCCUUCAUUCCUCCAAAUGCCAUUCCAUGGACCACAUCCAUAUUCCGGAUAUCCUUUCUCUUACCCUUAUCCAUAUCCUGUAGUACCUCAACCACAUGCCGUUCCUCCUCCUACUAGUCGACACGAUAUUUCAGUUGCUCCUAAAUCUAUUGAUACUGUCAGCGCCACCUUGAUGUCUUCACAACAUAGCACUAGUAGUACCUUAACUUCAAAGAGAGAAACAAGAGAAUCCGACGAAAAUGGUGGAGAAAGACAUCAAACUCAUGAAAUGACGUUAACAAACCACCAAAGUACUUCACAUAAUAGUUCUGUACAUGCAACUGUAGAUAAGCACAAUUAUGGUAGUAGUCAUAGUAUUACAAUUUCGCAUAGUACUUCUACGAGUUCGAGUCAAAGUGUCCAGCAUAAAGUCAAUCAAAAAACGGUUAGAAGUAGUUCACCACAUCCGCCAGUAUCGCAGACAUCAUCGAGUUCAAGUAUCAACCACACAUCAUCGAGUUCAACCAGUAGUCAUCAGCAUACCCAUCAUCACACACAUACUCACCACGAUCGUUUAUCACCAAGUACUCAACUUUUACGUCACAGUAUCCAUAAACCUCCCACCCCUCAAACUGCAAACGCCCAUCAUUUAAUGAUACAACCACCAAAUAUGGGUCACCAUCCAUCCUCUCUGGAAGCUUUGAGAGCUCAUGCUGCCCAAGCGGCUGCCAAUAUGCAUCCGCCGUCUUCCCCAAUGAAUCCUCCAAAAAUUAUGUCUGACGAGGUCAUUAAAGUAGAACCGGAUCCAGAACCUUCUCCACCCGAGGACGAACCACAAAACAGUCCGAUUGAACCUCCUAGAGGGCCAUCACCUGAGCCUAGGAUCGAAGAUACAGAAUGUCAUAGAAGUCAAAGUGCAAUAUUCCUGCGUCAUUGGAACCGUGGAGACUAUAACUCUUGUACGAGAACAGAUCUCACAUUUAAACCUGUACCUAAUUCGACGCUUGCUCGAAAGCGAGAAGAAAGACUUCGUAAGCAAGCAGAUAGAGAACGUGAGGAAAGGGAGAGGGCACAACAAGCUCAACAGAGGAAAAAUGCAACGCCAGAAAAACCAGACAUUAAACCACCAUCUAGGGGGCCUUUGGAAACUGUCAGUUCCCCUUACGAAAGGUUCCCAAGACCUGGUUUCAAUGAUACACCUGCUUUGAGACAGUUGUCUGAAUAUGCAAGGCCACAUGCUGGUUUUAGUCCCGGACACAUGCCUAGGUCACUUAUACCCCCUUCUCAUGUCAUGGAUCCAAUGUUGCAAUACCAGUUGAGUAGUAUGUAUGGACCCGGAGCAAGAGAGAGAUUGGAAUUGGAGCACUUAGAAAGGGAAAAACGAGAAAGGGAAAUAAGGGAACUUAGAGAAAGAGAAUUAAAUGACAGGAUAAAAGAGGAGAUAAUGAAAGGAGGUAUGCGAGGACCUGCGAACCCAAUGGAUCCACAUUGGCUGGAAAUUCAAAGAAGAUAUGCAGCUGCAGGCUUAUCUGGACCUGUAGGUCCAGGAGGUCUUCCUCUUCACCAUUUCGCCUUAUAUCCUGGUGGGGGUAGCGCCCCUUUAUCGCAAAUGGAAAGGGAACGCCUGGAAAGGCUUGGAAUACCCCCACCACCAGCACCAGGUGCCCCAGGAGGUCCUCCUCCUGGACAUCCACAUCAUCCAGCUCACCAGGCUCAGCUAGAGGCUGCUGAAAGAUUGGCUCUGGCAACUGAUCCUAUGAAGGUGCGUCUACAAAUGGCGGGUAUAUCACCAGAAUAUCAUGCCCACACUCAUGCACAUACGCAUGCGCAUACACACCUACAUUUGCAUCCUCAACAGCAGCAAGCUCAGCAAGAAGCAGCGGCAGCGGCUGCGGGUUUUCCACUACCAGCAUCUGCGGCUCCAGGUUACCCUCGCCCCGGGUUGAUUCCGAGCAGGGAGGGACCAUUGGGAUUACAUCAUCCUGACUUGUUGGGCAGACCUUAUGCAGAUCAACUGGCACAUCAAGCAGCAGCUCAUGAACAGUUACAAAGGCAGAUGUUACUUGAACGUGAUAGAUUCCCUCCGCAUCCUUCCAUAGUUGCUCAGCACGAAGAGUACCUUAGGCAACAAAGGGAACGUGAACUCAAAGUGAGAGCAUUAGAGGAAGCUGCUAGGGGCUCUAGGCAAUAAGGACAGGAGAAUUCCCUAGUUGGGGGAGCGGGUCGCACAACCACCAAUCAAAUUUUAUAGAAGAAUAAAUAUCAUGUAAAUUAAAUACAAAUCUAAAAUAUUCUUAUAGAUUUUAAUUAAUUAGAUUAAAAAUAGUAAAAAUAUAUACAAAAUAUUUUUUAAGAUCAAAAUCACAUUCAGAAGUAAUUUUAAUUUUUUAAAGUAUAUUUUGCAUAUAAUAUAAAUUUUUAUAUUCAAAUUAUUCAUAAUUGUACGCAAAAAAAUAUCGCACCCCUAUUUUCAUAAGCUCAGAAAUGUUAAUUUUACAGGAAAACUAAAACAAAAACGAUUGUAAAUGAAAUAUUUUCUACAUCAGUUAAUUCAGUAAUUAGGCGUAUCAAAUUCGGUGCACAUACAGAUUGAAAAUAUCUUUACUGAUUAGUUAUGUAAAAUGUAAAUAUGGCACUACUGUUGACUGUUUUUGACUAUUUAUAUUUUAGUUUAAUGUAAGUAAAUAACAGGGAAAUAUCAAGCCAAAAAAUGUUUGAACUAAAACUUGCCCACAAAAGUUGUGCUCGCACUUAAGUAGACCUCCGUUUAAUGUCAGAAAGAUCAACAUCAAAAAAACGAAAUAAUAUUGAGCAACAUGGAACGAGGAUUUUAAAUUUAAAUUAAUUCCUCAAAUCCAACAUACCCUGAUAAAUAUGGAAGAUAUGACUUUGAAAUAAUACUGGUUUUAAAUAAGGACAAUUACUCUUUCUUUUUGUUUGCGUCAAUAUUUGGCUUAGUUCUGUAGGCCAGGAUCAAAACCAAAUGAGAGUCGUUUUUUCUUCCUUUUUUUUUUCUAAUAACCACCUUUUGGAAAUAUUCACUCUCAUAGGAGAUUUUCACUUGAGAAGGUACUGAUCUGCGUCUGAAAAUUCUUAAUAUUAUAAAAAUCAGUUUGGGUUAUGGCACUACAGCUUUGAUGUUUGUAACAUAUCUUGAUGAAAUGAGAUGACAUCAUGGCAUACGGCCCUGUUCAUGAUACAUACAGUCGCGAAUAACUCAUUGUAAUAAUGACACUUAGUGCCUCACGCGGAAUCUGUUAAUACUAAUGAUUUGGCACAAUUAAAUCCUGUGAAAAUAAUUUAAAGUAUACAUUGAAUGGUAAGUUAUUUUUUUUAUAUGGCGCUAUUGAAAUAGGAGUGCGAUAUUUCAUUCAGUAACUUUUACACUUUUUAAAUUCCUUGAAUGCUCAUUCUAUUUGCUUAAUCUUGAAUCGAUGAUAAAUUUUGAUUGAAGAUAAUUAAAAAGAAAGAAUUCCUUUUAAUCCAAAUCUAAAUAAGUAUGUAGCGUCUCUAUUUAAUUUAGAGUUGAAGCAAAACUACUUUUUUAUAUUUCUAGAACUUUUAAAACUUCUUUUAUCCUUCAAAUGAAAACAACUUUUUUUAUAUUCCCACUUUGGUUUAAAACUGAUUUGAAUUAUUUACUUAUAGUGGAGCGCCGUAAGGCAUAAAAAUGAUAAAAUCUCUAAACCCAGGGCCAGUCAAUGAAUCUAUAAUAAGUAUUUAUUAAAGCCUCAAAUAAAAAAGUUGAUCGAUUACAACAAUUUACUCAAAAAUUAGAGGUGGAAGAGGAAAAAAUGUUUAUAUGUAAUAAAUUAUGCUUGCAGAUUAACUUCAAUGUCAAUUUAUUAGAUUUUUGUAAAAAUAAUUAUUUACAAAAAAUAUUCGUCAUUAACGAUCUCGUUGAUUUAGAUUGUAGGUGAAGGAUUUUUACAGCUGUCACCAUUGCAUUCUAAGUAAGUUGCAGUGCAGUUCAAUCCACAUUUUCCGCAUCCACAAGAUGCUCCACAUCCUGUUUUACAUGCGCAGAAAAUAAUUUUUAGUAAAGAUUAUGGAGCUGGUAGCUGCGACAUUGUUUGCGGUAUCAAUAUUCCGCAUUCAUAUUUCCAACCCCAUUCUUCUGGCGAUAUUUCGCUUCAGAGCCUUGUUUGAAUUUGCAAAAAUACUCUUAAAGUGUUAAAAAGCGGCAUCAGCAGUAGGUGGUUUAACACAGGUAUUUUAAGCAUUUGCUUUCAAAAAAGAUUUACAUUUUAAUACAUUAAUAUAGUUUAUUUUUUGAGGGCAUCUUAUAAAGCAAUAGUGCAUGUAACACUAACCUUAACUAUUUCAUGGAUAUUUUUGCAUUCAUUUUUAAAAACUAUUGCAGCAUUUUAAAAGUCUUUCAAAAUUUUUUGGCUACGCUGGAGCAGAACUGACGUCGUGUCACAACCAGCGAUGAACAGAUUAUUCUCUUUAUACUUUAGUAAUAUUUUUUCCAAACUCUUAGAAGAGUACGUUUUUUGCUGUAUUUUGUCUUUGGACGGUUUUCGUUUUCUCAAUCUGUUGGUGAGAGAGUUGAAACAUCUACAUCUUCGGACACUACAGCAAUGUUUUCAUUUUGCAUAUUAACAGUAGUUUCAAUUAUUAAUCUGUCAGCAUAAGCUUCUGCGUGACAAGAAAAUAUUUUUAUAUAGCUUUUAAUGUUGAUAUUCCUCUAGUAACUUUUAUAAUAUAUCCUAGUUCAGAAACCGUUAGGAAACUGUACAACCGAAAAAAAAAAUUCUAAAAUAAUUUAAAAUCACAAGAUGAAGAUUCAUUAACUGGUCCUGGAUUCCGAGGUGUAAACCUUACGGCCCCCACUGAUAAGUGACAUAUAUGUGAAUUUUAAAAUUGAUUUUAACACAUUUUAAAUUGUACAGUCUUCCUUAUAUAUUAAAAAUAUUUUUGUAUAUAGUUAUUAUUUACUGUUUUUAAAGUUGUACAUAUAUUUCUUUUUAGAUAUUUUUUACUCAACAUUGCAUUCUUUCUAAGAAUAAAAAAAUUGUUUGAUCAGAAAACACUUAUCCUUUUUAUUAAUUUCAUUAAAAAUAAGAAUGAUAGAAUGAAAGUUAUUCAGGAUCUUCAGGCUAUAAAUCAAAUUUAUAUCUCUAACUCUGACACUAUAUUAAUCUAAUAAUACACUGCUCAACAAUAGUUUUGUUUUAAUUAAAUUUUUUGUCAGAAAUUAGGAUACAUCGUAGUAAAUUGAGAGGGAAAUCUCGAAAACUUAUAUUUCAACAUCUUUUAUUUGCGUUUCUUUCAAAAUUUUUUUAUAUGAUAAUUACUUUUUAAAGACCAACAGUAAAAUGCCAUCCCUCUCAUCCUGAUACUUUUCCUCUUUGAAAUCCUGGUAGAAGCGCUUAUCUUGUUCCGCACUGGGAUUUCAUAAAUCAUCUGGAAAUUUAUUUUAUUUUAUUAUUUUAUUUUAUUUAUAAAUCUUGAGGCUAAUAACCAUCAUAGUUAUUAAUUUUCACUGAUAGACUGUACCGAUUUCUGUGAAUUUAGAAAAAUCAUUGUUUCUGGAGUAUGAGUAACAGCUAUCAAAAUGAGUAUUAGGCUCCUUCCGGAUACCAGUCUAAUUCAAGACAUUUUCCUUUAUUCUGAAACCCUUGAAGACUCAACAGAAAACUUACAAGUUUUAUGUGGAAUCCAUUGAUUAUUUAUUUUUUGUAUUUUAAAACCGAAAUAUUCAACUGAAGUCUCCUUCACCAAGCGAUUUUAUGCUUUAAAAUAACUUCAUGACAACUUCAAGUACUUAAUAUUGUCAAAUAAGUGAGAUCUCAACUGUUUUGGUGAAUCACGUGAUAUUUCUUUAUGCGCAAAUUUGCCUAAUAAUGACUAGAAAAAUCAAAUUUAUUGCUAUUAAGCCGAAAAUUUUCAUAAAUAUAUUGAAAUAUGAUCACUUGAAAACAUAAAAAGUUGCAAAGAUAUCCAGUACAACUAUUGUUUUAUUGAAUUCAUAGAAAUUUAAAAUUAAAAUACAUCUCAAUUAAAUAUAAAAAUAUUUUAGUUUAUUAGUAAAUAGUCCAAAACAAGUUAAAACCAUCAAAUACUUGGAAUAAAAUAAUUUUUUAAAAAAAGUAUCCAAGAAGUGUUGUAUAGUUGAUUUUUAAGUAUGAAGUUUAUUAUUUUCUCAAAAUUCUUGGAAAGAAGCAAUGCAAUCUAUUUUAAAAUAUGUAAAGGUCUAUUCUUAGAUAAUGGGUAUUACCAUGAACGACCAAAAUCCAUGGAAAUUGCUAAUCAUGAAAAAACAGACUUUAUCUGUUUCUUAAUCAACCAAUUCAUUUUACGAAACUUAGGAAUAUUUAUGUAAAAUUUAUAAUCUAACAGUGUAAAUUUCAAAAUCGAUCUACAUUAAAACAAGAGCUAAUUAAAAAGAUAAUUUAUUACAAUACAUGUCAAUAAUCUUAAACCAUAUAUUACCAAAACUUCAGCGAUCUGAAGUUUCUGUCCCUCGAAGAAAACGUAGAUAUUCGCGCUUCUGUAUUAAAAUACGUAGUCGAAUCUUUCACCGCACUAUGCUAACAUUCGCAACCGCAUAAAUCCUACUCCGACUGUGCAAAUUAUAUAUUUAACUUUCGAAAAUUCGUUUUUAAAAACUUUAUUAAGACAAAAAAACACAUUUUACAAUUUUAUAAGCGAAUGAACUUAAUUAAUUUCACGAUUGAAAUUUUACAACAAUCCUAUUUUUAUAUUAAAAUAAAUGCUGACACACACUAGUAUGUUCUAUUAUUUUUUUUCAAUACUGUAUAAAAAUAUACCCAUUAUUGCAGACUUACCUGUGUACAUACUUCUAAAUAAAUAAAAUUGUGAUGAUUUUAAAAUUUUAUUCAUUAUAAGUUAUAUCAACGUUUUGUAUGUAUCUAUAUUUAUAUAAUUUAUACUCAUUUUUUGUACAUUGCUUUACUUUUUAUUAAUUUUUAUUUUAAAUUGUCAAUAAAUGUUCUUUUUUACCAAAGAAUCUCUAUUUAGUAUAUUUUUUUUCUGUAAUGGGUGUUCAAUAACGAGCUGUUGUAUUUGUGCUACUCUUUUAAGUAUUUUUAUGAAAAUAUAUAAAUUUGUAUAAAUGAUUAAAAAAAAGCUUUUUAUAUUAGAACCAUUUUAAAAUAAUGUAUACUAAAUGUAAAAAUUUGGGAAUAAAAUAAUUUUUAAUAAAAA